AUGGCUUCAGCAGGAGAUGCUCGGCUCAUGAAGUCGACCAAAUUCCCUGCCGAGUUUAGUCAAAAGGUGGACAUGCAAAAGGUCAACCUCCAGGUUAUAAAAAAGUUUGUCACUGGGUCCCCAUAUCUCUCUGCCUUAUCAUGGAGCUCCGACUUUUCCAGUGCUGACCGCAGACCUCACAGAUGGAUUGCUAACAGGAUCUCUGAAAUUCUGGGCAAUGAAGACGAUGUCGUGAUUGAGCUGUGUUUCAAUUUGAUCGAAGGACCCAGACAUCCCGACAUUAAAUCGCUUCAGAUACAGCUUACGGGGUUUUUGGACAAAGAGACUGCGCCAUUCUGCAAGGAGCUAUGGAAAUUGCUAUUAAGCGCUCAAGGCAACCCGCAGGGCGUACCAAAAGAACUGUUAGAAGCCAAGAAACUGGAGCUGAUGCAGGAAAAGAUUGAGGCAGAUAAAGCUGCUGAAAAUGCUAGAAAGCACCGCGAAGACUCCGACCGUCGUGAUCGAGAAGUUACAGAGUUGAAAGAUCGAGAUCGCCGAGACCGCGCAAACGAAAGGGGCGGUCGACCAGGCCGCCGUGGAGAUCGAGCGUCUGAGGGUCGUGGAAGAGGAGGCCAUAGUUGGAAUGCAAACAGAUCACGUUCUCCCGAAACUCGACACCGUGCUACUGGGGACUCGUAUCGCCGGGAUAGCUAUGUGCCUCCGAACCGCAGCGGCCGGGGGCGCGAUCGUGGCUGGGCGCGACGGCGAAGUCGCUCACCAUCCGAGUCAGGGUCUGAACGAUCGCGCUCUCGAAGCAGCAGCAUGUCUCGCAGCGACCGAGGCUCCAGGAGUCCUCCACGACGCAAAGGCGGCCCAGGUCGUUAUAGAGAUUCAAGAAAAAGAUCCAGGUCCCCUCGCGGAGAUGCUUAUCGACCAAGACGCCAAUCGCGCAACGGUAGAGAUCGUCGUGACGCUCGAAAUAGACGCUCAGCUUCUUCAGAGCGCGCCUCACCUCCACCAAAGCGAAGACGGCAGUCUGCCUCUAGGAGUCGGUCAGUCGAGCGCAGGAGACGUUACUCGGCAACUCCAUCCUCUCGCUCGAGGAGUCCUUCGGAAGCGCGUAGCCGCAGUCCUGUCCGUAGCCGCAGUCCUGUCCGUCGCCGCAAUCGAUCCAUGGACAGCCCCCGAUCAAACUCGCCUCCAAAGCGCCGACGAGAACGCCGAAGAGGUGGCGCCGCUGAUGAGUCUGGGUCGGAUAAUGACAACGGACGUCGCCGCCGUAAUAAUCGUCGCCGUAACGAUAAUGAAGCCUCAGCAAAGGGCAAGGAAUCUGAAAGGCUGAGACGCAAUAGCUCUUCCGCGCCCUCGUCUCCGUCAAAUCGUGGCAAGCCAGCUGAUACUUUGGAAGAUUGA